AAUAAAAUGAAUAAAAGUGUUGCUCUUGAUCUCAAAAGCUAGUGAGACAUCAAAGGAUAGUCUCAGCAUGAGAUGAAGAUGCAGUGGAGCCAGAAGGUCAAAGGUCAACAAUGUCGGGUUCCUCAGACAACGAGAACACAUCACUGAUGGCAGAUCAGGCCAAGGGGAAGAAGAAACAGCCAGACUGGAGCCGGUUUGGUCUGAGUCGGGAACCAGUAAAAGGAGAAUCUGGUGUGACCCGGUCACCUUCAGAAAUCCAAGAUGGCAGCUAUCAGUCACUAGAGGAAGGCAAGCAUAAUGAACUCUUCAGGGAAGACCAGCAUCUGUCCUCCCAGAAGCCAUGGUAUAAAGCCAACUUCUUUAUUUCGGAGCCGGUCCUAUUUGGGACGUGGGACGGGGUAUUUACUUCCUGUCUCAUCAACAUCCUCGGUGUUGUUAUCUUCCUCAGGAUGGGCUGGAUUGUUGGGAAUGCUGGUAUCCUGUUGACCAUCCUCAUGAUUUUUGUCACUGUGUUCAUAGUGCUGAUUGUUGCCCUGAGUGCAAUAGGGGUCUGCGAGAGAUGCAAGAUGGAGGGAGGGGGUGUUUAUUUCCUGGUGUCUCAUGUCCUAGGAGGCAGAAUUGGGGGGUGUAUAGGAAUUCUCUACUGCUUUGCACAAUCUGUGAGUUGUUCGCUGUCAGUGAUGGGGUUUGGAGAGUCUAUCAUGCGGCUGAUGGGAGAGGAGAAUCCAUGGAUUGCCAGGGGUGUAGCCAUAGCCUUAGUGUUGCUUCUACUGGGUAUAAACAUAGCUGGAGUGAAGUGGGUGAUCCGACUACAGCUCAUUCUGUUGUUUGCCUUGUUCUUUUCUGCCAUGGACCUCAUUGUGGGAUCUUUUGUUCACACAGAUCCAGAACAUGGAGUAACCGGUUAUAUGGAAGUUAAUCUACGUAAUAACUCUAACCCGGACUUCCUGGAAGGGGAGAGCUUUUUUAGCAUGAUGGGAUUGUUUUUCUCCACGGUAACAGGAAUCUUAGCAGGAAUCAACAUGAGUGGGGAUCUUAAAGACCCAUUUAACAACAUUCCACAGGGAACCCUGGCUGCUCUCGGUGUCUCCACUCUCCUAUAUGUAUCAUUCACGUUAGUCCUUGGUGCCACUUGUGUACGCUUCUACCUCAUCGAUGAUGUCAUGAUAGCAGAAAAGGUGUCUAUAGCAGGAUUCCUAUGGUUAGCCGGUCUAUAUAUAUCUUCAGUGUCCUCAUGUAUGGGCAGUCUGUAUGGGCCUCCCAGAAUUCUCCAGUCCAUUGCAAAUGAGAACGUCAUGCCGAUAAUUCGUUUAUUAGGUCAAGGGAGAGGACCCAACAAAGUUCCCAUUUAUGCUUUAAUCCUUAUAACUCUAGUCACACUUCUUUUCAUCUUUGUGGGGGAUGUGAACUCACUAGCCCCGAUCGUCACCACAGCAUUUAUGAUGACAUACGCAGCUAUUGAUUAUGCCUAUUUCGCACUUGCCAUGUCUUAUGAUAAACAUCAGGAAAAUGAACUUAAAUACGGACCAGUGAAUAAAAAGAAGCUGUCAGCUGGGGAUCUAGGAAACGGAAAUGUUAGUUAUGGAACUUACACUGCCCCAAGACCUAAAGAUUCGUUUGAGAAGCUGGCUAGUGAUUUAGACAGUUUGUUUCCAGAGAGAAUGACACAGCGGGGACAGCACCACCUGGUGAGACAGGGAAGUGGUCAGAGUGGUGCCACCACACCAGAGGCAGACUUUGAUGCCACCAAGCGGCGCAUCUCAGUGGAGAACACCACUGACCAGAGUGACAAGACCAAUCUUCUACCGGAGAAAACCUUAGGAGGUACAGAAGGAGAGAAGAAACCCUUGAGUGAUGAAAUCAUCAAACAACCAACCUCCUGGUAUUCCUUUCUGUGUAACAGAUGGCUCUCAUUGUUCGGGAGCAUAGUGUGUAUCAUCAUCAUGUUCUCCGUACAGUGGGCCUACGCCUUGGGGGAAAUGACUGUUGUACUAAUUAUAUACAUCUAUAUAGGACAGGCCAGCCCCGGCUACUUUCCAGGUAUUGCUGAUUUUAACAUGUAUGAGUGGAUAAAAGGAGGCAUUAAACGUUGUUGCAGAGGUGGGAAGAAUGUACAGGAGGAGAUCAUUGUAGCACCAGCUACACCAGCAAUGAACCUAAUGGCUGCCCAGUUAACUGAUGACAAUGAGGACUUUGCCAACAGAGGGCGCUAUCAUCAAUCAGAGAUUGUCAGGGGAGAGAACUUUGAUGAUUAUAACAGUGACUGAGUGAUCAACAAAUGAAAAUCCAGUUCAGUUUUUGUAUCAGCCCUUAGCAGUUUAGAGUAUCUUCACAGAAAAUUAUAAAUAUUCCAUCUUCCAUUCUCCUGAAGACUCCAGAUAUGUUUCUACUAAUAGGAAUUUAGACUGCAUUCUGGUUCCUUAAGUAUUAACACUUUCAAGGGACUUUAACCUUUCUAGUAAAUGAAGUUUUGCAUUUUUCUAUGUUUAAUCAUUCUCUUCAAGAGAGAAACACAGGUUAUUCAUCUUUCUAAUUAAUUGAGGAGGAGAUUUUGGUGCACUUUUUUAUCCUUUAUUGGAAUCUGAGACAUAAUAAGGCUUUAUUUACUGUUAAAUGCCACAUUGACCAUGUUAUUUAUGACCAAUUGAUAUUUUAAUAGUUAUACAUGGAGAUGUUAAUAUUCAUUAAGCACUAGUUGAUUUUAUCUUUCAGGGUUCAGUACCAUGUUUUUAUGAAAAGAUCAUUAUGUAGCUGCAGCCGUUGUGCUCAAAAGAUUGUAGUAUAGAUUUGGGAGGAUCCAUACAAAAAAAAGUCGAUUUUAAAACAUUCCAGAGUUUUCCAUAAAUUUUAUUUGUGCUUCCUUGCUUCUGAACAUUUCUUUUUCUUGCCAGAUUUAUCUUGAUAUAUUAGAUAUAAAUAAAUGAUUGGAUUUUUUUUU